AUGCAGGCGUAUCCAAAGUUGGUAGACAGCAAGGAUGACGAAGAGAAGCAGACGAAUAGGAAAAAGUAUAAGAUGGCGAGAAAGGCGGCAAAGUUGGCAGUGUCGACAGCGAAAACGACAGCUUUUGAACGCCUUUAUGCAGAACUAGAGGAAAGAGGCGGGGAUAAAAAUUGUUUCAGGCUUGCCAAGGGGAGAGAAAGGAAGGCAUGUGACUUGGAUCAAAUGGCAAAGAUGCUCAAAGAAUGGAGGUGGAGUACAAUGAUUACUUUUUACAAGAACGAGGGCGACAUUCAAAGCUGCAACAACUAUAGAGGUAUCAAGAUGCUAAGCCACACUAUAAAAGUGUGGAAAAGGGUGGAGAUUGGUGGAGCAGUAUACGGACCAGAAGAGGAAAUUGCACAUGGUAUUCAUCGACCUGGAGAAAACUUACGAUAA